AUGGUCUCUAAUGCCAUAGAAUGUAAACUUAGCCCAACCCUACUAAAAGUAGCACAUACAAUUACUGUCUCAGCAUCUGGAAGAGGAAAUUUCACCACCAUUACAGGUGCUCUUGAAUCCAUUCCAGUCAACAAUGACAAGUGGAUAAGAAUAUUUGUUAUGCCAGGAACUUACAACGAGAAAAUAAAAAUAAAGGACAAGGAAUGCAUAUUUGUUGAAGGCCAGAGCCGUAGAACAACGACAAUAAGCUUUGAUUCUUGUAAUGAUACAGCGGAUAGUACUACUUUUGCUGUGUAUUCAGACAAUUUUUUAGCCAAGAAUAUUGCUUUUAAGAACUCUUAUAACAGAAAAGCAAGGUCAGACACAGAUCAAAAAAUAGCACCUGCUGUUGCUUUUGGAUCUUUUGGGGAUAAACAUGCAUUUUAUGGUUGUGGUUUUGAAGGAUAUCAAGAUACUUUGUGGGAUGAAAAAGGUCACCAUUAUUUUAAAUCUUGUUACAUUGAAGGAGCUGUUGAUUUUAUUUGGGGAGCCGGCCAAUCUGUAUACGAGGGAUGUCUAAUAAAUGUAACGGGAGAAGGAUACAUAACUGCACAAGGUAGAAAUUCAUCAACUGAUACAAAUGGUUAUGUGUUCAAUUACUGCACGGUUUUAGGAACUGGCCAUGCAGACUUAGGACGACCAUACCGUGCUUAUUCAAGAGUUAUUUUUCUUAAUUCAAUGUUCACCAAGGUUGUAAACCCUCAAGGAUGGUCUAUUUGGUGUCAACAAGGCCAUGAGAAUGAUAUUACAUUUGCGGAAGUUAAUUGCGUAGGUCCAGGGUCAAGUGCUCAUCACAAACAUGAACGUAUUUCAUGGAUGAAGAAGUUGAAAAGAUCUGAGCUUGGACAAUAUUCUACAAAAGCUUUUAUAGAUUCAGAUGGAUGGAUUAGUAAACUUCCAAUACAUUAA